AUGUGCGAUGUUUGCCAAGUACGACGAUCAUUUCAUAAACAACCAGCUGGAAAGCCAAUUGUUUCAUUAGGUUUUUUAACUAGAUUACAGGUCGAUUUAAUGGAUAUGCGAAGCACAGUAUAUGAUGGAUUUUGUUUUAUAAUGCAUUGUAAAGACCAUUUUACGAAAUUCAGUUGGUUAUUUCCGUUGAAAUCAAAAGAAGCUAGUGGUGUUGCUUUUCAUUUAAAAAAUAUAUUCUAUACUUUCGGUCCACCAAGAAUUUUACAAUCGGAUAAUGGAAAGGAAUUUGUAGCCAAUGUAAUUCUGAACUUAAAAAACGAUUGGCCAGAAUUAUUAAUCAUUAAUGGACGUGCACGGCAUCCACAAAGUCAAGGUCUUGUUGAAAGAGCCAAUGCUGUCGUUCAACAAAUGUUAGGUAAAUGGCUUGAUGUAAACAAAACUUCUGACUGGCCAAGUGGUUUAGGACCUGUUAUGUUGUCAAUCAAUAAUUGUACUUCGCAAAGUACAAAGAAAACACCAUAUGAAAUGGUCUUCGGUCAACCAUGCAGAAUUGAUCAUGAAUUUUGGUUAGAAUUACAUAAAGAAUCAUCAACAAAUGAUUCAAUUGUUAAUGAAGAAGAUUUACCUGGUUCAUUUCUUCAAAAAUUAAAUACUGUUACUACUUCAGUUUCUACUAAUAUAAAUGAUCAAAGCCAAAUUUCUGAUGAAACUUCAACAUGUAUAUCAUCUAUUGAUUCACAUAUGAUUUUACCUGUUAAAGAAUUGACAGAAACAUCACAUAAACGAAUUCGAGAUGAAGCUGAAAAAAAUUACAUUCAUACAGUAGAACGUCAAUUGAAAAUUUAUGAACGUGCAUUGAAAAAACAAAAAUCUUUCGAAAUAAAUGAUAUUAUUGGUUUGAAAAUAGCAGAUGUUGAUCGGUCAAAUACAGCACCAUCUAUUUUACCUUGCAAAAUUAUUGAAAUAAUUAAAAAGGAUGAUCCUAUUAAUGUAUUUUAUAAAUUAGCUACACAAGAUGGUAUUAUUAGUGAAUUAUUUUCAUCAUCUGAAUUUAUGGAUUUGACUCAAACCGUCUCAUCUGAUUUACGUAAAACAGAUAUAACUCAAUUAGCAAAUAUUACAUUUAUUCAAGCUUGUCAAAUAUUCACUAAAUUUAAAACAAAUAGACCUUGCAAAUAUACUCAAAUUAAUAUGGACGAUGAAAUUUCUCAUACACUGGAACAAAUAGUUGAUGGUAUUUCUGUAACAACAACUGAUAAUAGUUUGCAUAAUACAGUAGAAGAAGAAGAUGAUCAUAAUGAUAAGGAAGAAGAUACAAAUAUAUCUCAAACUGCUAUACCAACAACAGUUGAACCAACUUUGAUUAAUAUCAAUGAUAUCAAUACCAAUAUUACAUUUCUAUGGAAAAUUCUUGCAUUUGUUACCUGUAUUUAUCCUAAACGAAUUUUUACAAAUGGACAUGGUACUGGAGAAAUUUCAAAUUGGGAUUUAACUGAUCAAUCAGGUUCAAUUACAUUGGUGGCUUUCAAUUUAAAUUCCCAUAUAAUGACUGAUAAAUUGAAAAAGAAUCAAGCAUAUGAAUUUACAAAUUUAACAAUUAAAUUUGCAGUGGAUAUUUACAAAACGUUGCCACAUCCUUUUCAAUUGACAUGUACAAAUGGAACACGUGUACGUGAAAUAGAUUCACCAUUUGUUCUUGAACAAAACACAUAUAAUUUCACACCACUAAACCAAAUCAAUAGCCUUCCAUUGAAUUCCAUAAUUGAUGUUGAAGUUCGUGUUUUACGUGAUUUUGGUAUUUCAACUGGUACAAAAAAUGAAACAAUAUGGAGUCGACGUGAUAUACAUGUUGAUCAAGAUGGAUCUCAUAUUGGUAUGACAUUAUGGAAUGAACAAGCUCGUCUUGUGAAAAAAACUAUGAUUAAUCAUCGAAUUAAAUUUAAAAAUGUAAAAAUAUCAUGGUUUGAUGGUACACGAUUUUUGGUUAGCUUAGCUAAUACACAAAUGAAAGUGCUGCCAAAUUAA